GUGGCCAUUCUUAUUCCUAAUCGCUGUUACUUUCUGCAGCAUUUGUUUAAGGCAAGAGAAGAUCGGAGGAUGCGUGCUGGACUGGUCCUAGUCCUAGUCCUAGUCCUGCUGACACGUCUAGUCGGGACCGUGAGAUUUCAGCCUCCUGCACCCAAAGUGGUCACCAAAGAGUCUCGGGUGGAUUUCCACUGCAGUCACGACGACGACAAGCAGGACGUGAUGCUGUGGUACCACCAGGGCAGAGGCAGGCGCCCCAUCACCGUAGUAGGCUCCAGCUAUGUGGGCAACAAGCCUCAGCACGGCCGGCGCUUCAACAUCACCAGAGAGGCCACGCAGAGAGGAGUUCUCAGCAUUCACAGAGUGGCUGCGUCGGAUGCAGAACAAUCCAGCAGGACUUGGACAAGACAAUUUAAAGGACAAAAAGAAAUGACACAAAACAGUUUGGAUGAUCAUUUAAAAACAAAUUGGCAUGGCUCCUGUGGUUGCAAAGGUGUGAAAAGAGGUUUUAGAGUGAGGCGUUCACACUGUGGGUCCAGAGCCACUGCUGCUUCCGAGGUUCACUUUGACGCAGGAACUAAGUUAAUCGUGCUCGAACCGGGCCAAGGUGUCACGCCGCCUGCAGUCACCUUGCUCCCGCCCUCUCCUGAGGAGGACUCCGACCACAGGAACAAGGAGAAGAGGACCAAGACUCUGGUCUGCGUGGUCACUGGCUUCUUCCCCGACCACGUGGCUGUCUUGUGGCAGAUCGACGGCGGCGUGGUGGCCAGUGGCGUGGCCACGGACGCCGAGGCCCUGCGGGACCACGCCCACUACGGGACCAGCAGCAGGCUGAGCGUGGAUGUGGACACCUGGUUCACACCUGGCAGGGCCUUCACCUGCACCGUCACUUUCUUUGACGGGAACCGGACCAGCUCUCAUUCGGACACGGUUUACGGCACCGAGGACAUGAUGACAAGAGAGGACUACUUGAGGAUGUGUCACAGUGCCAAGAUGUCCUACAUGGUCCUCCUGGUCAAGAGCAACAUCUACACACUUCUUCUCUUCUUCCUGCUGUGGAAGCGCCAGGGAGAAAGAAGGAGGAGUCUCAUGCACUGACAGACAGAGAUGUGGGCGUGGCUUUGCAGCUGAGAGGCAUCGGAUUGGUGGAAUAUUGACAUGCUAUGAAUAUUCAUCUUUACACUUGGUGAGACAUUUAGAGUUUAGAUUUAGAAAUUGAAGAUUUAGAUAUAACAUUUAAAGUUUAGAUUUGGAUUUAACACUUAGCUUUAGA